AUGUUACAGCAGUGCCAAAGAAAGGCGACGUGCAGGUGUAGCACAGUCCAGAACAGAGGGUGCGGAGUCAUAGGGAUGGAGCAGUCUUACCGCAGCAACAUGCGGUCCCUGAGCGUGGACUACAGCCACGGAGGGAAGCCGACCGGUUUCGACGUGGCGAGCAUGGACGUGAGGGCGUGGCUGCAGCAGUGGCCGAGGGUGUUGAGCCAGCUGGAGACGCUGGUCGUGGGCCUCAAGCGGAGGCAAGUAAGCGGACCCUACAACUGCGCGCAGUUCACGGUGGAGCUCUACCGCAACCUUGUCGGAUCCUGCAAGUGGGGCACCGCGGGGCAGCUCAUGGACGCGGUGAGGGAGGUGGGAAAGGAGCUCGUGGCCGCAAAGCCCUCGGAGCUCGCCGUCGGCAAUAUGGUUCGGCGAGUGCUGUACAUCAUCAGAGACGAGUACGAGUCUGCUUUCUCUGCCGGUGAUGGAAGCGGCGGUGGGCAGGCAGCAACAUCGGCUUCGCUUACGUCGCCAUCUGCAUCGCGAGGAGGGGGAGGGGGAGGAGGUGGACACGGCAGGGCUAACAGCAGAGGGGAAUCCACCCCCCGUGGGGCUGCGACAGGAGGGGCGGGAGGGGCGGCCGGGACGGCGGAGGGGGGAGGGCUUGGGCCUUCGCUGACGGGGAUGCUGGGAGGACAGUUCGGCGCCACCGACUUCGGAAGGUCGUGCCCAGACCUUCGACAAAACGUGGUGGCCAGCAUCAGCGAGCUCAUGACGGAGUUGCGGGACAUGCGAGGCGUCAUCAAGGAACACGCAAAGGACACCAUACACGCCAACGAGGUCAUACUGACCUUUGGAAACUCGGCGACGGUGGACGCUUUCCUUAAGGCCGCUGCUGGUGGAGCGAAGGACGGCCUGAACUUCAGAGUCAUCGUGGCGGAGGCGGCGCCGUUGUGCAGCGGCCACGUUCUCGCCAAGAGCCUGGCCAAGCAUGGCAUUGACACGACCGUGAUCAGCGACAGCGCGGUGUUCGCCAUGAUGGCCAGGGUUAACAAGGUGAUCUUGUCUACACAUGCUGUUGUGGCAAACGGGGGCCUCAUCGCUCUCAAUGGCAGCCACGCCGUGGCUCUGGCGGCGAACGACCUUUCCGUGCCCGUCGUGUGCGUCACCGGGCUGUUCAAGCUGUGCCCGCUGUUUCCUCACGACCAGGACACGUUCAACUGUCUUCUGUCGCCCGCGGCUGUCAUGUCCUUCAAGGACAAGGACAGCAUGAGGAACGUCGAGGUUUUGAACCCCGCGUACGACUACAUCCCACCCAACCUCGUCGAUCUCUACAUCACCAACAUGGGGGGCUUGCAACCGUCGUACAUCUACCGGCUGUUGGCGGAGUACUACCACAGGGAUGACCUGAUCAUCUCCCCUUCAGACGAGCAGGCCAGCUGAAGUUUAAUGUGCCAAGUUCUGGGUCGUCGGUGUGGGUAGGUUGUUGGGAGUGUGGGGGCUUGCUCACGGCUGUAGCAGGUAGGCUAGACAAGUGGUGUCGUGGACAUUCAUGCCGGCCUGGAGCAUUCCGACUUCCUCUAGAAGGUGUUCCGCUUGUUGACUGCUGAAUUCUAUGGCAUCGCAAUUCCAUUCACUAGUUUGAAACUUUAUGGUCGCAAAUUGCCGGUCCAUUAUGUGUGCAUGUACCCCGUCAUAGUAUCGUAGGCUAGAUUGGGCUGGCAUCCCGUCGUGACGGCGUCUAUGUGGUAGACCAUACACCAGUAGUGGCCCUGUUGGCUGCAGUGAAUGGACCGUGCGACUUUUUUCGUUUGGUCUUUCGGCGGACGCACAACAGCAGCAGUCUCACAGGACCGUGAACGUUUCCUGCGCUAUUAGAACAUUCGGAAUGAAAGUUUGUUUUUGCAGGGAAGAAAGCGUAGUUCAAGCCUUGACGGCCUUAUUGAAGUUGCCAUGCCGACAAUAAGCUCUAACGACAAGAUG